AUGGGCGAUUCUGACUAUGCGGAAUCAAGUAGUUACGAAGAGGAAUACCGAGCUCGAAAAACGCGGCGGAGAAAGCACGAGAAGAAUAUUAACCAGGAGAUUCAAUUUGCAAGUACUGAAAACGAAGGUAAGAUGAACGUUUUGUACCUAAAAUCUUCGCUUUAGUUGAUAAUGCUGUCUACAAAUUUUUGAUACAGAGGUUUGAGGUCUCCAAAGGAAGGCAUUCAUCUAAUUAUAAAGCCGUGAGUUCACACUUUGCAUUUUGUUUUAUUGUUUUAGGCAAUAACAGACUUCCUUCGCUUACUGAUUGGAUAUGGAUUCUGCGAGAGUGUCAAAACAUUACGGAUUAACCGUAAGUCUUAUGAUAUAAAUAACAUCUGUUUAGUCCUACCUGCAAGAAAUUAUUACGCUCAGUGCAACAACAUUGCAGAGUACCCGAAUGUUAUCAGAUUGUAAGUUCUUGAGAUUUACGGGUAUUUUGUUUAGGUUGUUGAAAAUUGGAGAGAUGGAUGAUUUAUUCGGUACAGAGUUGUGGGAUCAGCACUUUUUCAAUAUGCCUAAAUUGUGAGUUUUGUUUUGUUUAAUGUAUUUUUAAGAUGUAUGGAUGUGAAUCUUGACUUUGCGUUUCGGUCCUCGAUAGUCAACUGUUAUAUGAGCUGUGUAUUUUCUGAGCAGAAAGGGGAUUGGGCCUCGAUCGCUAUUAUUAUUGGAAAGUUGGAAGCCGAGAAGAUUCUUGGGGGAAGAAGAUAUACAAUCCGACCGCAUUCUCCCUAUCUUCCAUUACUUUUUCUGUGUUCGAUGCAAAGAAAUCUUGCUCUUCUUCUUCCCACUGAUCUUUUGAACGCAUCGACGGAUACGGUAAACUUAUUCUAAAAAAAUUAUGUUUUUUAGACGGUUUCUGUUUUCAGAAGCGUUUCGUUUGGAUUAAACGAUCUCCUCAGGAAUCCGACUGCGUUCUUUGAGCUCAAUUCGUUCAUUUUCAAGAUAGCUAAUGGUCUGAAAGAUCAGGCGUUCCAACAGGGACGAUCUCUGGUUCAGGCCGGGGCUUUCCAGUUUACAGAAAACGAGGUAUGGUUAAUUAUAUCUCGUAUUGUUUUCUUUUUUGACAACAGUCUAUAGUGAGCUAAUUACAUAGUAUGCAGACCAAAAUGAGCCGAUUUCGAGAACCUUUCAGAUAUCUGUAGUUACCUUAUAUCCUGGGUAGGAAGUGUAAAGAUGUAAUAUGAGUAGUAAGUAGGUAAUUUGACAGAUUAAGCGAUCUACAUUGCACUCACAAUUUGUUUGUACCCAAAUUUGCCUUUUCGAAGUUGAAUCUUAUAACUUAACUAAACUUACAAUUUUGCAAUCACAUUUGUUCUAUCAGGAUAAGAGUUUUCACAGAAACUGAAAGGUAAUCGAGAGCUGCUGUUUAUGGCCCAUAAUGGAGGUACACGUUUUUUAGUAUAACCGAGCUCUGGAAUGGUUAAAUCUUGUGAAUCAAUUCGAGAUGUAUAAGGAUAAUAGGACAGAGGAGGUGGCCAAUACUCUUUUAGAUGCAUUUGUGUUCCAAAUAGAGUCCUUGGUUACUUCUUUUAUGUCGGAAGCAGUCGUUUUAAUGCCUGGCGUAUUGGAAUUGAUGUCAGAUUUAGAUGAUUUCGAAUCUCUUGACAAAAUAUGCGAAGUUUGUUGUUCGGAUGUUUCCAUAUUUCCCACUGUAUGUAGAGUUCUGAGGCAACGAGAAAGGGUUGAUUUGUUGGCGAAGGUGUUCGGUGAGGUAUGGUAACUUCAGUGUAUUCUUUUAUUUGAUUUUUCUCAAUUACAGGUGAUAAAACAAAAUGCAAUUGAGGUCUCAAGAUGCGAAGAAACGAAAGAGUUGAUGUCUCAUCGAAGCGCAGAGCCCGAGAAUUACGGAUUUAGAGACGACAUUGUGGAAGAAAACAUACCUGUUGUAUUUGGAGUAUUAGAUCUCGGAAGGAAUCGCAGUGAUUUGAAGGCCUGGCAAGCGCUAUAUGAUACUUUGAGAAGAAUUGAGAGUCAACCGGAGAAAGUCAGACCGUUUUAUGAGAGAAGGAGGACUUGGUGGCCUCAAUUUCACAGUGGAGAAGUGGAUUUUGAAUGCCGAAAGGUUCGGAAAAAAUGUUUUAAGCGGCUUCGGAAAUGUUUAUAG